AUGAGAAAUUCAAGUGCUAAAAAGAAGAAAAACGAUUCUAGAGCAGUGAAAAACUUACAAUCAUUCUUUUCGGCAUCAAAAGAGACACUACUAAGCGAAGAAGGAAAAACGGAGCAGGCCAAAAUGGCCGACGGAAGCUUUACAAAUGGGACUGAAAAGGUAAAUAAUUCUGAAAUUAUACUGGUUCCACAGCUUGCAAAACUGAAAACUGACAUUCUAGACCAAAUGUCUAAAUUAAUUGCCCCAUUAACUUCACAACUUGCUGAAAUAAAAUUCGAUCUGCAGUCAGCAAAUCAGAAAGCAGACAGAGCCUUGGAUAUGAGCUCUGCUGCACAAAGUGAAAUAAAAACGCUGCAAGAAACCAUCGAGACCCAACAAGAGAGACUAAUUAAUCUUGAAAUCAAUGUCAGACAAAAUCACCUUAAACUAAGAGGAAUUGAUGAGCUUUUUACACAAAAGGAGGACUUAACAUCUGUGAUUACAAGCUGGCUUGUAAAGCAAAUUGAAUUAGAGGAGGGUAUAGCCCCCCUAAUCACCAAAGCAUAUCGAGUUGGAACAAUCAAGCAAUAUAGAAAUAAAUCAGUACCAAGGGACAUAAUUAUAGAAAUUCCUGACCAAAGAAUAAGGAUGAAGAUAAUCGAAAAGGUUAAAAUAACUGGAUCAUUUUUAUUUAAUGGAUCCCCUGUGCAAAUAUUCAAUGACUUGCCAAGAGAAGCCUUACUGAUACGAAAAGAACUAAAGCCUAUCACAGAGACACUGAGGAAAGCCAACGUUAGAUAUAAAUGGCUAAACUACGUGAAAAUAUUAGUAAUACAGAAUGGGAAGCAUCAUAUUGCUACUAACUUGGAAAAUGGAACAGAACUUCUCAACAACAUCGGGGUGGAGAUCCCUAUGGAGACAAGCAAACAGAACCAGAAGAGGAAAUCAACGGACUUACUUUCUCCGCAGAAGGGAAUUGCUCCUGCUGCUUCCAGACAACAUGAGAAAAACCCUUCUUUCUUGUAUGCACCUCCUAGGCUUUCUCCAAGUAGAAAUGGGAUGGUUUCAUCUGAUCAGUCUUCCCAUCCAGAAACUCCAUGUAACUUUCGAUGGAAUUGCUCCUGGGUUUCAUCUGCUGAUGCUUCUGGAAAACCAGACUGGACAUUGUCUUCAGUGUUUGCUCUGACUUCACAGGAACGACAGCGGAUCAUGGAGAACAGCUCCUCCAACAGAGAUCUGGAAGGGCACAUUCUUCUCCUGAACUUCAGCAGGAUCUCAGAAAAGUGCAAGUUCAGCCUCCGCAGCCCAGUCUUGCCUUGGAGCUCUGAUUCCUGUUUGUUGGAAGUGGCAAUGUAUGCUGAGGGUGCCAGUCUAGCAGGAUUUUAUGCAGAAAUUCAGUAUGUGGAUUCUAACCACAGCAUAACCAUCCCUCUGCAAGAGGGAAAGGAAGAAGAUGCAGAGAUGAAGUGGAAAAUGCUGGUGGGUUCAAUCGGACGAAUGGAGAGAUCCUUUGAGAUCACCCUGCUGUAUUCAAGCUGUGAAAAAAGGAGUUCUGGUCUUGUGGCAUUGGGGUCUCUGCAGCUAAGAAAUUGCUUUCAUGACAAAGAUGAGCCGCAUCUUCCUGAAUACGGCACGGGUUCCAGUGACCCUUGCCCUCACGGAGGCUGCAUCAGCCACCUGUGGGUGUGUGAUUUUGACAGUGAUUGCACCAGCAAGGAAGGUGAUAGAUCCAUCUGUGAAAAUCUCCCAGAGGGAGCACACUGUUCUUUUGAGGAAGGUGACUGUGGAUGGACAUUGGAAGGCAACGUCAAUUGUUCCUGGUCUAUUAAAGGCUUUCCAAAAUUGUAUAAAGAUCUGAAUGGAGGCUCUGCCUUGCAUGCUACUAAAGGUCAGUUGCUGUAUCUGCGUGCAGACAGUGAUCAUACAGAUGCUGCUGCCAGAGCUUAUAGCGCCAGUCUGCCAGCCAGCCUUGCCAGCAGAGCCUACCAGGUCCAAUUCUCAGUGUAUAUAUUUGGCCGCUAUAAUGGUACCAUCUCACUCUCUGCUCCAGAAGAGGCAGAUGAUAUCAGUGCCUCACCGCUGGUGUGGGAAAGGAAAGAGAGCUGGAGUGAUCACUGGUUUCUCAUAACUGUAGACAUGCCAGCGCUUCAGAAGCGGUUUCGUCUGCAGUUCCUGGCCACCUGGGGCUGGAAUUCACAUGCUGACAUUGCUGUGGAUAAUAUUACCUUUGGUCUAGACUGCUCCCCUGAUGGAAGAAGACAAAGCUACCCUGAUGGAAAGCAACACUACCACGGGGAAAUGAAUAUAAUGGAUGAACGUUUCUUUAACCCACUGGAAGGACCCCUUCCUUUAGAAGAAGCGCCUGUUGCUCUCUGGUGGUUCACAUCCUGUGGAGCUAGUGGGCCUCGAGGACCAACUCAAGCACAGUGUGAUAGUGCCUAUUACAACACCAAUAUUUCUGUGACUGUGGAGAAAGAAGGGCAGUUACGAGGGGUGCAGGUGUGGAAAGUGCCAGCAUCGGACCGAUAUACGAUUUCAGCAUACGGAGCAGCUGGAGGGAAAGGAGCCAAGAACCACAACAAGAGAUCCCACGGGGUCUUUAUUUCAGCCAAUUUCCAGCUGGAGAAAGAUGAGCUCCUGUACAUCUUAGUGGGACAACAGGGAGAAGAUGCCUGCCCAGGGGGAAGCUUUCUGGCUCAGCAGAUCUGCUUGGGAGAAUCAUCCAUCAUUGAAGAAGAAUACAAGAAAGAGAAGGGUCUGACUGACUGGGCUGGAGGAGGGGGCGGGGGCGGAGGAGCCACUUACAUUUUUAGGCAGAAGGAUGGAGCUUUUGAACCCUUGCUCAUUGCCGCAGGAGGAGGAGGAAAGGCUUACUUGAAAUAUCAGGAUGUUUUGCUAGAGGAUGUCUUCUUGGAAAAAUAUGUGAACAGCACAGCAGUACCUGGAAUCAAUGGGAGAACUGGAGCAGCAGGUGGAGGAGGUGGUUGGGAAGAUGUUACCCAGUUUUCUUGGGCUGGGAAAUCUCUUCUGGAAGGUGGACAAGGUGGCAAAGCCUGCCACCAAUCUCUAGACAAACUCCAAUGGGCCACAUCAGGUGGCUUUGGUGGUGGAGGAGGAGCCUGUACAUCUGGUGGCGCAGGUGGAGGAUACAAAGGUGGUAAUGCCUCUGAAACAGAUGACAUCACAGCUGAUGGACAGCAUGGCCUUUCAUUUGUGAAUCCAGUUGGAGAGAUCUUCUUGCGUCCUUUGGCAGUUAUGGAAAGCCAUGGUGAAGUGGUGAUUGAAAUCUACUUGAACUGCACCCACUGCCAGUCAGGUAUCUGCAAGCCAGGUCCUGACACUGCCCUCCCAAUCUGUAUCUGUGGGAUUGGAGCCAUCUUAGCCAAUGAUAAUGUCUCUUGUACAGAUAUCCGUGGACCUGUUCCAGAAAGCCACCUGCCUUUCCCACUCCUCUUGACUGUGGUAGCAAUCAUUGUGGUGCUUGGAAUGGCUCUCACUUGUGGCAGCCUAUCAGUUGUUUAUCAUCGUAAGAAGCAGCAGCUGGAAAGGACCCGUGCACAUUUGCAGAGUCCAGAAUACAAACUGAGUAAAAUCCGUACCUCCACCAUCAUGACAGAUUAUAACCCCAACUACAGUUUUGCAGGAAAGGCAGCCACCCUCAGUGAACUCAAGGAGAUCCCACGCAAGAACAUCACACUGCUUCAGGCUCUUGGACAUGGAGCAUUUGGUGAAGUUUACAAAGGGACAGUGGUAGGAAUCACAGCAGAUCCCAGACCUCUGCAAGUGGCUAUCAAGACAUUGCCAGAAAUCUGUUCUGAGCAGGAUGAGAUGGAUUUCCUGAUGGAAGCACUUAUAAUAAGUAAAUUCAAUCACCAGAAUAUUGUGCAGUGUGUUGGGGUAAGCCUCCAGACCUUGCCUCGCUUUAUCCUGUUGGAGCUUAUGACUGGUGGAGAUAUGAAGAGCUUCCUUCGGCAGAAUCGCCCUCGGGAGAAUCAGCCAUCCACUUUGACGAUGCAAGACCUGCUAAACAUAGCCAGGGACAUUGCUUGUGGCUGCAAAUAUCUUGAAGAGAAUCACUUCAUCCACAGGGAUAUAGCUGCAAGGAACUGCCUUCUGACUUGCACUGAGCCUGGACGUGUAGCCAAGAUCGGUGACUUUGGAAUGGCUCAGGAUAUCUACAGGGCAAGCUAUUAUCGUAAAGGAGGACGAGCAAUGCUUCCAGUCAAGUGGAUGCCCCCGGAGGCUUUCCUAGAAGGAAUCUUCACCUCCAAGACGGAUACUUGGUCUUUUGGGGUACUGCUUUGGGAGAUAUUUUCUUUAGGCUACAUGCCUUAUCCUUGCAAAACCAACCAGGAAGUACUAGAGUUUGUCACCAGUGGGGGACGAAUGGAUCCACCAAAGAAUUGUCCAGGACCUGUAUACCGGAUCAUGACUCAGUGCUGGCAACAUAGCCCUGAGUAUCGACCCAACUUCUCCACCAUUCUGGAAAGAAUCAAGUACUGUACACAGGACCCUGAUGUGAUCAAUACAGAACUGCCUAUUGAAUGUAGCCCAACGGCAGAGGAUGAAGGAAAUACAUUGUUGCACCCUAACAGUUCCACCAGGAUGGUUCCUUCGUUGGGGAACCCUUCUCCUACACCUCAGACAAGCCCAAGAACAUUAGAAGGCUAUAAUCCAGUGCCCAAAUAUGUACAGUAUCCACAGGAGCUGCUGGUGGAUAAUCUUGGUAACUGGACAGCCAGAGAACCUAACAUACCUUGCUUCAGUGAUUCCAGCACUGGAAUGUGGGCCCAGCCAACCCUCAACCAACAACAAGCAUCAACAAGUCAACCAGCACACAAGUUGAAGAAUAAAACCAAAAAUCUUUGGAACCCAACUUAUGGGUCCUGGGUCUUGGAAAGUAUUUGCCAGCCUGGACCCAGCUCCAAAUUCAAAGUAACACGAGACCGAGAAGAUUCAGGAUUCGAUGGGAACUGCAGUUCUUCCCCUAGUCCUAGGGCAUCACCAGCAUCUCCCAGUCAGAGCCAUUUUCGUCACACUGAUAUUGGUGGGAUUGAACUGGUGAAGCUACAGAGUUUCCCUUGUGGCAAUGUGAAUUAUGCUUAUGAUGAUCUUUGCUAUGAAACAAAUCGGCCUUCAAGCUUGGCAGCAGAGCCCACCACACUGCUGAGGAGUGCUAGCCUUCACAGAGAUGGCAAGUUUUUCAGUAAACCAGAGAAAACCUCCAGAGAAAGGGACUCUGGCCUUUCCUUGUCUGAUGACCUGAAUAUUACACCAGUAUAAUGGUGUGCUCCUCCAGAAAAUGAAGAUUCACUGUGGGAGUGAGCUAUUAACACAAAAGCAAUUGAAAGUCCUCAUUGUUGUUGUUGUUGUUGUUUUAUUCCUCCCUCUCUCCAUGUUCUAGAAGCAGGUAGUUUAAGGUCUUGAUCAGGCCUGAAGCCCUUGAGUGCCCAGUACCCUUCAAAACAAAACGUGCUUCAACCUAUUAACCAAGUACCAGGGGUUACAAAGGUAAUGAUGUCCCUGGGACAAAGAUUCAAUGUCUAAUAGUUUACAGUCACAGUAACUCACGCUGGUGGGGGGGAAAGUAUCUCCACAGUCAAAUAGAGCAUGUAAGAAACAGCCAGGUCAUUGAUUUGGCACAUUGCUGAUGCACCCUGCAAGUGAUUCACCUGUAAGACUGGCCUACUGAGUGGGAAAUAAGACUAUCUGGGCAUGCACCACAUAACAUGGCUGAAAAGGUAAAGUAACAAAGAAACAGAACCAAAGUGAAGGAAGAAAGUAGAAUUUUUUUUUUUUAACUACU